UAAUAUUGUAUCCCAACCAUAAUCUGAUAUUUGAAUAUAUUAAUUUAAUCCCUGUCUGUAAAAUUUCAGUGAAAUGUUACUUAUGUUUUGAUUGCUGUUAUUUGCAUUAAAAUGAACUGUUAAAUGAAAUUUGCCGUGCGUUGACAGCUGUUGCUUGACCGCUCAAAAUAAAAACAAUAAUUUAUAUAAUUCUUAAAUAUAUUCACAAGACACAAUGCCACGAAACAGCAAUGCCGAACGCGAUAAUCCCUGUUUAAAGGAACAAGAACUGUCAUACAAAUGCCUAAACAAAAACAAUUUCGACCGGGAAAAGUGUGAAGUUUACUUUGUCAACUACAACAAUUGCAAAGAAUUUUGGAAUAAAGUACGCAGUGAUCGUCGCGCUAAGGGAAUUGUUCCUUAUUUACCGCCAGUGGAGGAGCGUGCAGCUCUGAAAGCCGAAUAUAUGAAAAGCAAACCAGCCCAACAUUAAUGUUAUCACAGUGUGACAGCAGCUUGAUCAGGUUGUAAAAAUACCAUUACUAAGCCGAGCAAUAAUACUUUUACAGAGAUCGCAAUGUAACAGCAGUCUGGCCGGCUUGCCAAUAUGCCAUAAACAUGUCAAACUUUAAUGUUAUCACAGUGAUCCCAGCAUGAUAGCAGUUU